CCACACUUCUGCUGGAUGAACGUCGACAGAGACGCUGGCCGACACGUCCUCUGCUGAGAUCCUUCUCUCCAACCCUUGUCUGUGUGAUGCCAUGGCUCUACAUUGGCUGCUGCUGCUCUCCGCCCUCCUCCUGCGAGUCACUCCCUGCUGCCCCCUGGAGGACAACAAGAUCCCUCCCAGCCUGUGCACUGGUCAGCCGGGGAUACCGGGCUCUCCAGGAGUGCACGGCAGCCCGGGACAGCCCGGCAGAGACGGGCGUGACGGGCGAGAUGCUGCUCCGGGCGAGAAGGGCCAGAAGGGCGACCGUGGAGACUCAGGAGAGCUGGGGGCCCGAGGCCUGACGGGCGACAAAGGUGACCCGGGAGAGAGGGGAGAGAAGGGCCAGUCGGGAGAGUGUGCCGUGGCCCCCAGAUCAGCCUUCAGUGCCAAGCUCUCCGAGGGCCGGGCCAUGCCACUGGUGGUGGAAACAGCGGUCCACUUUGACAAGGUCUUGCUCAACCAGCAGGGGGACUACAACGCAGAAACCGGGCGCUUCACCUGCAAGGUGCCUGGCGUCUACUACUUCAGCGUGCACGCCACCGUCUACCGCUCCAGCCUGCAGUUCGACCUGAUGAAGAACGGCCACGCCGUCUCCUCCCACUUCCAGUUCUACGGCAACUGGCCCAAACCUGCCUCUGUGACCGGGGGGGCCCUGGUGCACCUGGUGCCCGGGGACCAGGUGUGGGUCCAGAUGGCUCUGGGGGAGUUUAACGGCUUUUACUCCAGCUCCAAAACAGACAGCACCUUCAGCGGGUUCCUGGUUCACUCAGACUGGCAGAACUCCGCCGUCUUCGCCGCGUGACUCAGGGCUGAGCAUCACUGUCCUGCCUGCUGCUCACACACACGGCUUCAUCACCACAUUCUUCUCAUGACACUUGGAGAGCGCACAACUAUUAAACCAACUCUGAAGUCUGUCCAGCGGGUUCUCUUCCGUGGAUGCUCACCGCUCCUCGCCCCCGACAUGAGCGCGGCCCUCACAGGGAACUGGAUUAUCCCUCCACUCCCAGACACGCACGUGAAUAUGACUGCAUCAAGUUUUCCUUCAGGCUGGGACGAGGAUCACGAGUCAAAUAUCAAUCUGCUAUUUCCAUUAGUUCCCAGCCCCUCAGCAGACAUGAGGUCACUCUGUCGCUGCAGAGAACCCUUGACUUUUUCAUGUCGUUCUGUGGCCCGCUGCCGGAGCUGGACUCAAAUAUCAGCUCAUGCAAAUCGAAAUAGACACGACAGCUUCAGUGAAGCUGAGCUCUUCUUCAGCUGGUCUUCCUCCGACGCCCUCCACUGCGACACUUUUGCUCACGUUUCUGUCACUUUCACGGAAGAAUGCUCUUCAAGCUAAACAACCAACCUCCUGCUCGCUGCUAACACUCAUGCUACAAGCAACAUGCUAGCAAAGCAGCAGCCUGCCUUUCAACGGGAACGUCAGUUAUGAUAA